AUGGCAACAACAACAACAGCUGCAAAAGCUUCACCCCAGUCAGCUGCUAUAAACUUACUAAACACAAUCAUUGGAGCAGGGAUGCUUGCAAUGCCAUAUGCUAUAAGGUCCGAUGGUAUAAUACUUGGUGUUAUUGUUAUUAUAGUCUCAGCUUGUACCUCAUCAUUCGGGUUAUACUUACAGGGGAAAUGUUCAAAAUAUGUUAAAAGUGGUGAUGCCUCAUUUUUCGCCCUUGCUCAGUUAACUUACCCACAACUUAGUGUUGUUUUCGAUUUAGCUAUUGCAAUUAAAUGUUUUGGUGUUGGGAUUUCAUAUCUUGUUGUUAUUGGUGAUUUAGUUCCAAAAAUUUGUCAAUCUUUGAUGAAUGAUUCAUUUUUAGAUCAACAUGAAGUAUUAUUAGAACGUAAUUUUUGGAUUACUUUUUUCAUGAUAUUGAUUGUUGUUCCUUUAUCUUUUUUGAAAAAAUUGGAUUCUUUGAAAUAUGCUUCAAUGGUUGCAUUAUCAUCUGUUGUUUAUUUAGUUAUCUUGGUGUUCAUUCAUUUUUUAAAGAAUGAUAUAGAGGAUAAAGGUCCAGUACGAGUUUUCAAACCUUACACUAUAUCUUCAAUCUUUGCAAGUUUCCCAAUUUUCGUGUUUGCAUAUACAUGUCAUCAAAAUAUGUUUUCAUUAGUUAAUGAAUUAGAAGAUAAAUCAUCUAGAAAUAUUAAUAAAGUUAUUGGAUCUGCCAUAGGUAUUGCAAUGUCACUUUACAUAGUGGUUGGUCUUACAGGAUACCUUUCAUUUGGGGAUAAUGUUGAACCAAAUGUCAUUGUUGGUUAUUCACAUGCUAUUUCCUCUACAAUUGGAAGAAUUGCAAUUGUUAUAUUAGUCAUGUUGUCUUAUCCUUUACAAUGUCACCCUGCAAGAGCUUCAAUCAAUCAUAUCAUUCAUUAUUUCUAUCAAGUUAAAAAGCAAAUUCAAUCAGAUGCUUCAAUACUGAAUGGUCAACAUCAACCACAAUCACAUCAAAGUGAUGAAAGUGAUCAAUUAAUUGAUAGUGAUCUACAAGAUGGAUUAACAGAAGAAGGUAACAUUACAGCUGUUUCACCAUUGAAAGGUUCUAAAUUCAUAAUAAUCACAUCAAUCAUUUUGAUUUUAAGUUAUUUGAUUGCCAUCAGUGUGACAUCAUUAGCACAUGUGUUGGCUUUUGUCGGUUCCACGGGCUCAACUUCAAUUUCAUUCAUCUUGCCAGGGAUUUUUGGUUAUAAAUUGAUUGGAUCUGAAUAUGUUGAUGAAACUACAGGUUCAUUCGAACAUAUUCCAAGAGGAACCAAGAUUGUCAAAUACCUAGGAUUUGCCCUCUCUGUCUGGGGACUGCUAGUGAUGAUUGUGUGUCUCUCUGCCACGAUAUUCCUUGGAGCUACUCAUUAA